CAAUCCUCUGCGAUCCUCUCUCACCCCGAAUCCCAAACUGACCGCUCUACAUUUCCCCAAUGCAUGCCAAAAGUGGAUGAGUCCCCCAUCUUCCGGCGCAAGCAUAUAAUCAGCGAGGAGCGUUCCGUAUCUGUGGAUCGCUUCAAGUACACGCUAAACGAUGAGGGAGGCUUCACCAGGUCCGUUCCGCUGGUUCAGGAGUAUCACUACAGGGUGGUAUCUCCUUUGGCCAGCCGACCCAGUCAGCAGCAUCCGCAUAAGCCGGGAUCCGGAGAAGCCCGUUUCGAGCCUCGUCUUAACCGUCGCUCCUCGGUUCCGAUCAGCAUUAACUAUCAAACGGUGCACGUAUCGAGUCCACAUCCUCCGGAAAUGGCCAGGCGCGGCUCGGUGAUAAGCCUCACUGGGCCACCACCAGAAGUCAGUGGUAUGCCAAGUGGAGCCGCUGAUCCAAAGCGGCGCGUCCGCAUGAUAAAUCGCCAUUGAAGUCCAGAAGUCCAGAUGAGAUCAGGACACAGCCCAACGAAAUUGCAAAGAGACUACAGUAUUUUAACACACCAUUCGGAAACAGAAACCGCACACGUUGUAGUCCUUCUUAAUGCGUUUCUUUUAAUCAGUUAAUUAUGUUAUAUUAUUCAAGUGUUUUAAAAAAACGUACAAAGAAUAUUCUUCUCGAAGACACCGAAUUUACGCCCACUUCGGCGGGCAGCCGUUUGCCGCAGCAUUUUGCCAUCCUAUUGUACAUUAUUCUACUUAGGGCAAGAUUAAAAAAAUCUUAGGCUAGCGUAGUGUUUAGUUUGGAAUUCAGUACCUAUGAUAUAACCAUUAUCUACGAACUAACUACGAACUUGUGAUGCUCAUUACAAUUACAAUGACAAUUACAUACAGCUGGGUAUGUAUCUGGGUUGAAAGACCUGCUGGGCGAAGCGGAUGAAGAGGGUGCAAGAUCUUAACUACGGUUGACGCGCUACUGGAUCGGGGUGCGGAGUUAUGGUCGGAGUGGUUGGUCCCUACGGCUAAUACACGUAUUCUACAAGGCCUCCAUCUUCAUCGAAUUUUGCGCUAGUUUCUCCUAUUCCAUUAAAUAUUAAAAUAAAUUACGUAUUUUAAUUGC